GUAAAAAUCUAGAACCAAACGAAGACAAAGAAGUAAAUUGUGAUGUACGUGAAUAUCAGGAAGGCCAAUUUGAAAUUAGAGGGUCCACUAAUUGUUUGACCCAAACGCUAUUGAUGGACCCCCGAUACAGUGCCCAAGACAUCCUCCUCUGUGACCUGUGUCAAACAGCUGCAUUACAGAGUCACUGUGAACUUUGUAAUAUAAAUCUCUGUAUAGUCUGUUUUGUAAAACAUCUCUCUGAUUCAUCUAAAAGCCACAAUGUUGUACUAUACAAACACAGAACUUCUGCUCCCAACAUUAACAACCCAAAAUGUCCAAACCACGCCCAGAACCAUUGUGAACUUUACUGUGAGAAAUGUGGUAUUCCUGUCUGUUCUACCUGCAUCUCCUCUGGUAAGCAUAAAGGACACCAUUUAUCUGAUGCUCUGCAGAAACUUAGUUCAAAAACAAAAGAUUGUGAAAAUUACCUACAAGAACUAAAGAAAAGAAUCUCUCCUACAUAUGAAAAACUGCCAUUAGAUUUGAACUCUGAAAAAGAAAACUUGGAAAGACAUUAUGUGAAACUGACAACAGCUGUCACCAAACAUGGAGAAGACUGGCGCAAUCAGGAUGGACAGUUCCUAUGUUACAUUGAUAACUGUGAUCUACAGCAUCCAUUGGAUUUAUUUGUAGACACUAGAGACAACCUCUUUGUAGCUGAGCGGGAAAGUGGGCAAGAUGGUACAGGAAAACUUGAGUCAGAAGCUGGAGGAAUGUCAGAAGAUGCUGGGAAAGAUUAUGUAGAGACAUAG